AUGGACAGCUAUAGGCAAAUCGUUGCCUCCUCCAAAGAUCCCGGGGAAAAGCGAGAUCUCCCAUGGGGAUUCUCGAUCUACCACUGUUCUUACAGGGACGAGAGCGUCUGUAAUCGUCUACUCCAGUACAUAGAGGAACAGGUUAAAGCCGAUCUUGAAGGCAACCAGAGAAUGGACCUUCUACUACAUCACCAGCUGGUCAUCAACAAUGACAUGGCGAAAGUCAAUAGUGCUACAUCCCAUGAGAUUCGGAACCAUUUCAACGAAUGGGUUGCAGAUCAACUGCCCCAGGUCGUCGCCAGCCCUGAAAUGCUCGAAUAUCUCCAAUCUCAGAAACUUCCUGAUCAUCUAGGUCCACAGUACGGCCUCGGUGCGCGGUUCGAUCCUGUUGUCAAGGUUCUGUCAGGGUUCUGGGGCAAUAUGACUCCCCAGGAGAGGGAAUACCAAAUUCAUCCUGAUUGGCAUGAUGGAGAAACAGAUGAUGAACUCGAAAUGGCUGGCUGGAUGUAUAUUCCCAUACAAACUUAUGUGCGGUCGUAUGAUGGUCUGGAACAGCCGGGGGAUUGGGAUGAAUAUUAUGUACGGCCACCCUUGAUGUUGAACGGAUCCAGUGCAUUAUUACAUCUAGACGAAGAGCUCGCUCAAAUUGACCGUGAGUCCUGA